AUGAGCGACCACACCUUCGACAAGCUUCAACCUAUCUACAGAAAAUCUUCCGAGAUGUCAGCAUGCUGGAACGUUGACAAGCACCAGCCACCAGCAGUGGUCACACUUGAUGACCGACAAAGAGCCACAAUCUGUUCAGCGCAAGUACCAGAACAUUUUGAUCUCGAUGGUGCCACCUCACGUAACCUAUUGGCUAAUCCAGGACAUUCAGUUUCGUCAGGAAACAAUAGCGACGAGCAUGCAGAUGGAGGACAUUUUAAGAUACUUUUGGAACUGUUGGGCGGUGCGGGCGAUCCGAUGUCAAAGCAGCAGCCAACUAUCUAUGUGGUCCCCAAGGAACUUACGAAGAAGCUGGAUUAUAAUCCCCAAGGAGAACAUAUGCCUGUUGCUGUUUGUCUGGGCAGGCCUUACGGUUCUCCGGGAACUCAGCGGAUGGAAAAUUACAAAUGGCGCUGUGUAGGACAGCUCAUCAGGCGGCAGAGGCGCUGCCCCCUCUUGGAGCCUGAGAGGACUGCGGUGCUACUGGACGGAUGUUUGACGAGCAUGGAAGGCCUCCUGCCUCGAAUUCGAGCAUCCUACUCUGAGGACACCUUGAUGAAUAUGGUCGGCUACCCGGACAAGGAUGUUGCCGACCUUAUGUUAAAAGACGGCUGCUUCAUCCUACACCGCUUGCUCAAGUACGCGAUCCGCGCUAAGAUGGAAGAAGCUGGUGGCAGCAGUGAUCAGUUUGUGGACACUGACGAGGACUGGGCUCAGGUUUACGGCAGGUGCUUUGUGUGGCAGCUUGUGACGCGGGACCUGCUGCUGCUUGAGAACCAGAUCCCGUUCUUCGUGAUUCAAGAGCUCUUUCAGCAGCUGAUGAACGAGGACGAGCACGAGGAGCUCCUGGUGACCGGCAGCCUCAGGCUUUUCCGCUCUCUUCGUCCCCAGAUGCUGCAGCGCUGGUCCAUUGAAUGCGACCAGGUGCACCACCUGCUACACCUCUUCUACCUCUCGGUCGGCUUCCCGCCCAACCACCGCCCGCAGCAUUCCGGCCCGCGCCGAGCCGACCAUCUGCUGUCUGAGAUCCCGCAGUGGAUCCCGUGCGCAAAGGAGCUGGAGGAGGCUGGGGUUCGGUUCCGCAAGAGGGAGAAUGCCACGAGCUUCCUGAACGUUACCUUCUCCCUGGCCCGGGGCAUCCUGGAGAUCCCGCAGCUGGAGCUCAACGACUCGAGCGAGUCGCUGUUCCGGAACCUGAUCGCGUUCGAGCAGACCUACCCGGACACCCCGCGAGAUGUCUCCACUUACGCCGUUUUCAUGGACUGCCUCAUCACUUCGGCGGAGGACAUGAGGAUCCUCGAACUGCACGGCGUCCUCGUCAGCCACCUCAGCAGCAGGAGGGUCGCCUGGCAAUUCUUCAGCGACGUCGUCGGGAGGGUGCACUGGUCGACAAACAACUACCUGGUCGGUCUGAUGGACGACGUGAACAGGUACAGGGAGCGCAGGCGGCACAAGUGGCGCAUGGAGCUUGUGCGCAACUACUUCAGCAACCCUUGGGUGGCCAUGUCGGUCUUCGCAGCUCUGCUCCUGCUCGCCAUGUCCGUGCUGCAGACCUUCUUCGCUGUCUAUGCCUACUUCAAGCCUCCCAAGUAA